GACAGUGAAGAACACCUUGGAUAAGUGACUAGCAAGAAGAUAACAGGAUGGAAAAUAAAGAGAAAAAUGGUGAAAUUAAAGAAAACCAGGUGGUGAAAAAGAAAUUGGACUGGUCUGGGAGUCUUAUUGUGGCUGCUUUAGCUGGAGCUUUUGGAUCUUCCUUUCUUUAUGGAUACAAUCUCUCUGUAGUGAACGCUCCAACAGUGUAUAUCAAGAAAUUUUACAAUGCAACUUGGGAAAGAAGAUACAGCUCCUCAAUAGAUGAAGGAACUCUUACACUCCUCUGGUCUAUAACAGUGUCAAUUUUCUCUAUUGGUGGACUGGUGGGUGCUAUUAUUGUCACCCCAAUUGUGAAGUUCUUUGGACGAAAAUAUACUUUGAUGCUUAAUAAUAUAUUUGCAGUCAUAGCUGCACUGUUGAUGGGAUUCUCUUCUCUAGCGGGAUCAUUUGAAAUGCUUAUAUUGGGCCGUAUUAUAAUGGGAAUUGAUGCAGGUGUUUCUCUCAGUGCUCUUCCCAUGUAUUUGAGUGAAAUCUCGCCAAAGGAAAUACGUGGUUCUUUGGGGCAGGUCACAGCAAUCUUCAUUUGUAUUGGCGUUUUUACUGGUCAAGUUUUGGGACUCCCAGAAAUAUUUGGAAAAGAAUCUCUGUGGCCUUACUUAUUUGGAGUGAUUAUUGUUCCUUCAGUGAUCCAAGUUGUGAUUUUGCCUUUCCUUCCUGAAAGUCCUCGCUAUCUCUUACUUGAAAGGCAUGACAUACACAGAGCAGAAAAAGCAUUUCGAACCUUCCUUGGAAAAGCCGAUGUGUCUUAUGAGGUAGAAGAAGUAUUAGCGGAAAGUCAAAUACACAGAAACGUUCAGAUAGCAUCCAUCCUGCAGCUUCUGAGAAACCGCUCUGUGCGCUGGCAGAUCAUUACUGUGGUCAUCACCAUGGGCUGCUACCAGCUAUGUGGGCUUAAUGCUAUCUGGUACUACACAAACAGCAUCUUUAGCGCAUCUGGGAUCAACCAUGAUACCAUCCCCUAUGUUACCUUGAGCACUGGUGCUACUGAAACCUUGGCUGCUGUUUUUUCUGGCUUAGUUAUUGAACGACUUGGACGUAGACCUCUUCUCAUCGGAGGUUUCGGUUUGAUGGUUGUUUUCUUUGCUGUACUUACAACAUCUUUGACUUUACAGUAUCAUGUAUCCUGGCUUCCUUUCCUCAGUAUAGCUUGCAUUCUUGCAAUAAUUGCAUCAUUUUGCAUUGGACCAGGUGGGAUUCCAUUUGUCCUAACUGGAGAGUUUUUCGAGCAGUCUCAAAGGCCAGCUGCAUUUAUGAUAGCUGGAACAGUCAACUGGCUUUGUAACUUCACAGUUGGACUACUUUUCCCUUUCAUUCAGAGUGGCUUGCGGACAUACUGUUUCCUGGUGUUUGCUGUCAUCUGCCUUACUGGAGCUACGUAUCUGUUUUUUGUCCUACCUGAAACAAAAAAUAAGACUCUUCAUGAAAUCAGCCAGGCAUUUGCCAAAAGGAAUAAGGUGACUUUAGAAGUUCAGGAAAUGGACCAAUAUUCAGCAGAAAGGAAAUCGAGCGCAGAACAAGAAUCUAACUUCUCUCCUACCAAGGACAAUGGAGAAGCUGAAUGCAGAAUUGUCUAACAUCUGACUCUUGUCUGUAGAGAUAGAAAAAAAGCUCCCAGUGUGCUCCUUUAGUUUGGAAAAUACUGGAUAUUUUUAACAGUGAAGCAUUUGUGGUGUUAAUGCCAUUAACCCCCCCAGUUCCUGAAUUCAUUUUUAAGGGUUCAAGGAGGGUGGGUAUGGGUGACAUUAAUGUCAGCUGGAGAGAUUCUAGGAGAGAAUAGGAAAUAAGGGUAGUGAUCACUAAUGGAAACAGAAGGCAGUUUCCAGGGUACCUGUGAAGUGCAUAUCAGGGGAGAGGGGGAGAGAUGGCACAAGAACUGACAUUAGCAUUGAGAACUUAGACAAUCAUUUUUUUUUAUCUUAGUCCCUACUGAUGCUUAUAAGAACCUCUCCAGUGCCCUUUUAACUGACACUACGAUUUCCAGAAUUUCUCAUGAACUUUCAUUCCUUCAUCAUUUGAAAACUGACAGAGUUGCUAUGGGACUUCUCACAGUUUCUGAAUUGUUAUUGCUGCUUGUUUAUUUUUUUAAGAAUAUCCAUGAAACAUUACUCUGAAAACAGAAACUCCACCCAUGCAUGAUAUGGACUCUGGAGAUGGGUACAGAGUAGGAAAAAUAAUGCUACCUUGGGCCUGCUGUUACUUUACAGUGAAUAAUAUUUUAAAAAGCAACUAUAACUUAUUUUCAAAAGUGACUUAGAUGCCUAUAUCUCACUGAAAGGCCUUGAAGCUAUUUAGGCACCUAAUGCCAAAGUUAGGUGCCUCAGUAGGAGGGAGGCAGACAAGGUUCCUUGGGUGAAUUUGAUAUCUUUUAUUAGACCAACCCAAAUAGUUGGAGAAUAGUUAUUAAGCAAGCUUUCGGGUUCAAAAACCCUUCGUCAGGCUAAGGAAGCUUCAGCAGUUGGUGUGUGCUGUUCCUGGAUAGAAUGAAAAAAGUAGGAGGGAUUCCUUUUUGGAAAUGACAGUUAACCUCCUAAGUCAUUUUGGUGCUUUUGAAUACUCUAACCAAUGCCCACUUAAUUCCUUGGUUUUUAAUAAACAAAGGAUUUUUUUAAAACUAAAACAAUACCAGGUUUCUGGGUUUUGGUGUUUAUGUUUUCUGAUUUUUAGAGUUUUUAAGCAGGUUAUAGCUCUUUUUAGUAUUUUGUAAUUGUUUUCCUUGAAUUAUCUAGGUACCUAGAUACUCUAGUGAUAAUAAGCACUCUUAUAAUAAAGUAUAUAGUUUUAUAUUAAAAUAAUAAUCUGGAGCCUUAAGUCAUCCUGGGGAUGACCCCCCUAAUAAGCUUGUACACUCUUUGAGUGAGUUCCCUUCAUGGCCUGUGUUCAAUACUGUGGAAGGUGUACGUUUGGGGUGUUUAUUUUUGAAACGCCUGCUCUUAGACGCUUGCUUUUGGAAAGACUCACUCAGGUUGGAAGUCCUAUAGAUUCAUAGAUUAUAGAGUUGGAAGGGAUCCAAUGGAUCAUCAUGUCCGACCCCCUGCCCCGGCAAGAAGAGGACCGAGGUCAGACGAC